AUACAACUGUCAGUUCAUAUAUGGGACUGGGUACGUUUGUUUACUUUUAUGCAUUUUUUCGCUCCUAUUAUUUUUGAAAGAAAGGAGUCCUGCAACAGAUGGUAUGUCGCCCCACAGAGCCUUGAUCUUAAUAUAAUCGAGUCAGUCUGGGAUUAUGUGAAGAGAAUGAAUCAACUGAGACGCCUAAAUCCACACGAGAACUGUUCUCCAAGAUUCUUGGAACAACCGACCUGCCAAAUACCUUGAAAACUGUAGGCGUACCGAGGAGAACUGCUGCUGUUUUAAGGCAAAGCUCACACCAAACAUUAAUGUGAUUAAGGUCAUCAAAUCAUCCUCGCUUUACUUUUAGUGCCUAAAACAUUUGUACAGUAUGUUUUCUUAAGAAGAUUUAAUAUUUUCUAGUGUUUAUGAGAAACUACAUUUUUAAAAAAGGGACACUCAAAGGAACAAAACCCACGAAGGAGAGAAAUAGAAAUUAAACAAAUAUAUCUCAACGUUCUAUGGAGAACAAAAUAACCUGCAAAAAUAAUGAAAAUAUCCACUGGUUUAUUUCCUAGUUCUGACACUUUAAAUCCUAAUACUUGCUGAUUCAUGACAUGUCACAGACAUUUUAAUAUCAUCCAUAUGGAGCUCCUUUAUUAUCUUAAUACAAAAAUACAUUUCUCAUGACAAUAUCGCCAGAUUUAAGAGUUCUGGAGACGUUUUUGUAAGGAACCAAACCUGUAACAGACAAGUCUGCUCUUAUGGUCUGUGGGGGCCUGAAUCAAGUCUUAAUAUUGGACUCAAAAUGUUUAAUUUAAAUGGAAAUCUUUAGGAAAACAAGUAAUGAAGUGCUGAUGAUCAGUGGAUCCUGAUCUGUUUGUGUCAGUAAAUGUUUAAACCCUCUUUUAUAUGAUUUCACCAGUCAAUUAAAAUAUUCUCUUUGCCUUCAUCUGUAGUGGUUCAAAUGACAGCGAGCAUGAUGGGAACUGCAGUAGUGGCACAUUUGACUCAUCACCUGCAACAGUAUUUAUUUGCUACAGAUAAAAACACAGCAGCAGGUAGAUCCGUGGCUACCCAUGAGCCUCUUGGGGCGGUUGCCCUGCUUGGGUUUGACUGUGGAUCUCUUAAUAGGAUUAUCUAUUCUCAGUACAGGAGAAAGGCAGCCGGAGAAAAUGGACCAAACACGGACAGGGACUUACAAGAAUACAUUUGUCUCUCCAGCAGCAAUGAAAAACUCAUUGUUGAUUGUGAAGAGAAUUUAAAAUAUUUAAUCUGGUUUUACUUGAGUAAAACAUUUGGAUUAUUCUUGUAGUGAUGAACGCUCAGCCUGAAGCAGCGACAAACACUUAUAAUCUGCCCACCAUGGCGGACAGUGACGACAGUGAAGACGGUAACAGCUGUAACAUUUUCAUAGAGAGACCACAAACCACUGUUUGGCACGGCAACAAAUAUAAACUGGAUUGUCUCUUUAUAACAGAAACCGGUCAAGAGGAGCCGCCAAUCACGAGCUGGAAUGAGCUGUCCAUAAUAGAGCGUGUCGGCCUCAACAGUGUAGAGAUGUCAGAGAAGGAUUUGGAGACGGCCUUCUCUCAGAUUGCGCUGGCUUUCCGCUGCGACCAGUACACUCUGAAGCAGAGGCUGCAGGCGGAGGAGCACGCCCGCAACCUGGCCGAGGAGAACAUCCAGCUGGAGCUGACCAGAGGCAGAGAGACCCUGGAGACCCUGAAGGGCCUGUGUCUGGACAGUAAGCGCAGUACGAUCCUGCAGAGGCUGGAGCUGUCUCUGGACAUCCUCGGUGGGACGGUGGAACGAAUCUCUAACACAGCCGAAGUGCUCGGCGCCGUGCACCAGGAGGCUCGAGUGAGUCGGGCAGUCGAGCUCAUGGUGGCUCACGUGGAGAAUCUGAGGAGGCGACAUGACAGAAACAUGGCGGAGCUGGAGGAGCUCAAGAAGAUGAACCCCUUCAAGAACGCCAUCGACAGCAGAGCUUCACCAGAGCCAGAGGAAGGUGAGAGCAGAAUGAGAAGCUCUCAGCCCUGCAUUCGUCGAAGGGUCAGUAUAUCAUUGAUUCCAAUGCAAUUCCAGGAGAAGACAAAGCGAGACUUGACGAAGCUGGCAGCAGGUUCCAGCAAGACGUCCUCCCCCCCAUGCCCGUCUCCAACACCGAGCCCCGAGUCCAGCGUCUGCGCCAUCACCAAGGAUGAGAGCCACACAGCGGAGGAAAGGCCACUUAAUCCAGUUGAAGCCCCACCAGAAGCUCCAGCUGCUCAGCUUCCUCCAGACCCCCCUCCCGUCCCCGAGCCAGAGUGCCCUCCACCAAAGCAAGUGGCCACCAGGAAGAUACAGAACAAAAAUUCCCCUCUGGACACUUUGCGACAGAGACACAAAGGCAAAGCUGUGUUAUCAAAGAAAAAGGCAGACAAAGAUAAAAAGAGUACAAAUAUCUACCGGCGGAUCUCUCCCGGCACGUGUGGAUCUCUGUGGAGACAACGACCUCUGGUUCACUGGCUGUAUCGCUGUCGCUGGGCGCUGCUCUGCACGUACCUCUUUGUGCUUCUCUCUGUCAUAACGCUGACUUACUUCUUGUGGAAGCUUCAAGAUGGCACAUUUGAGGAAUGAUCUCUUCUUUGGGAAUAUACUGUUUUUCAAAUUUUGUGUACUGUACUGUACUGUAAAAAUCAAGGUCAAGGUAAACUUUGUUAUCCCAGAUAGGGAUAUUCAGGCGGUCAAGGUGCUUGUCUACAAGUGUAUAGACAAGCUGAAACACUGUGUCAUUC